GUUUAUGAGUGACCGCUAUACUGUAUUUUUAAAGUUAACGACUCUUUAGUGUUCUUAUGUAGGAGCCGUCUCGCACUACCGAGUGGGACACGGACGACGUCUUGAUAAACUUACUUUUUUAAACUCAAGGAAUAUUUAUGUUUCGGACUGUUUUCAUUGUCUUUGUGCGUUGUUGACGCCACUUCAUGGAGCUCUUUCUUCCACCUGCGUGACUGACAAGCAUGCCGACCCACACGGUGACCGUGCUGGCCGCUCUGUCGUUGUGUUUGGGUCGAUGCACUGUGUCUGAGUACCACAACUCAUCAUGUGACAAUGGGAAGAUAUUUUUGGAAAGGGACCUACCUUUAGAUGCUGCCUAUACGGCAUGUCCGGUAUCUGCCUGGUCUGACUCCACUCAGGUAACCAUGGAUACAAGGCUCCCAAGUGUUGACACAGUGUAUGAUCCGGAGCCCGCCAGGCGGAUCUGCAUGGAUAAGCCUAUUUCCUACCACCACAAGAUCCCUAACAGUGGUGCAUACAGGCCGGUCAAAGCAGAGAGCGGCGAGUAUUUGUACUGCCCCCCUCAACGCUGGCUCAAUAAUCUGCAUCAUGAAGCUGCUGUAUUGCUCUAUCAUCCCUGUGCUGCUGUCAGCGAGCGGCUCUUUCUGUCCAUCCUGGCCAACUCCUGUCUGCCUGACUACAUCAUCAGCCCACAUCCAUGGCUCAGUGAAUCCACGCCAAUAGCGUUGGUGUCUUGGGGGCGAACGUUGGAGCUGUCCACCGCCGCAUCUUUAGACGUUUGUCAUUGGCUGCAGAGCACGAUGACCACAAGUGAACGGAUCCGUGGAAAAUACAACCUGCUGUUGACCCUGUCAUCUGAACAGAAGCACACGCAUGGAAAGGAAGGACAGACCGAGCCCAAGGAGUCUGUGGGGCAAUGCUGUGAGCGGAUCAUCUCGUUGUGGCUGAAAGAAACGCUCCAGGCAAGAAAAGAUUCCCAGCUUAAGAACAGAAACAGGGAAUCAAGGAAGCGGCAAAAAAGAGCUGCUAUCCGGUUCGAACUGAAGAAGGUUGCAAUGACGACUAUAAAAGCAAACGGUACAACUCAGGCACUCGAUUUUUUGGCAAAGCCAAAACUGAAAACCACCACCAAUAAUCCUGAGGACCCUUUAGACCACAACAGCACUCAAGGACCUCCAAUAGCUUUUACAGGCCAUGGCCUGAGGGAUGCAACAUCUGCCACCAAGAUGCAAAAUCAGGCUUUCUCAGCCUGGCCCCCAAACAUGCCAGGGGCUACACACAAGACACCACUCAGGGUUCCCGAACACAGUGCCAGUGCUCAAGUUAAAGGCUCCUUGGAACAGAGCGAGCCAGCGAGAUAUGGCCCCACUGCAGAAAGACAAGUGCUGGAUAGUACAGAAGUAGACGUAAGAGAAAGAGAGAUGGACAAAGAUGACACUUAUUUAUUAAAAAGACAAGACGGGCCUCCACCCUCAAAACACUCCAAACCAGCGGUAGUGAAUUACUUACCUGACUGUGGUAGCUGCAUCCAAGACCAACAGUGUGCUUGCAAGGAAGACUCUAAGGGCCGGGCCUCGCUUGCAGGCAACGGCUUGCUGAGGCACCCCAGGUCCGAUGAGGCGGUGUGGGCUGCAGCGGCACUGGGCUUCUUGCUGGUUCUCCUCACGCUGUCUGUGUUGCACACACGCCUCUACCGCCACUGGAGGACCAUGCCUAGUCUCUACUGGCACGACACACGGCAGGACUAUGACAGUGUGGCAGAUGUUAUUCGUAGGAGCCUGCAAAUUGCAAAGAAGAGGCGGAAAAGAGGCAGAAGACAAGAGUGCGCUCUCUUGCCUGGUACCUCCAGCUCAGAUGAACUGAUGUAGGCAAGAGGAGGAAUUAUUGUUUUGUUUGGUGGACUGCAUCAAGGGUUGGAAUUGGGGGUUAGAUCACCAAAAAUGAUUACCGGGCGCGGCGAAUGCUGCUGCUCACUGCUCCCCUCACCUCCCAGGGGGUGAUCAAGGUUGAUGAGUCAAAUGCAGGGAAAUACUUUUGCCACACCUAGUGUGUGUGUGACAAUCAUGGGUACUUUAACUUUCGUUUUUAAUUUGCUGGAUUCAAAAGGACGUUUUACAUUCUAGCCUUAUAAAAGUGUCGCAUUGAACAUGUUACCAUACAGUCACCUUAAAGGCCUACUGAAAUGAUUUUUUAAAAUUUAAACGGGGAUAGCAGAUCCAUUCUAUGUGUCAUACUUGAUCAUUUUGCGAUAUUGCCAUAUUUUUGCUGAAAGGCUUUAGUAGAGAACAACGACGAUAAAAGUGCAAACUUUUGGUCGCUGAUAAAAAAAAGCCUUGCCUGGACCGUAAGUUGCGUGACGUCACCGGAGGAAGGACUCCUCACAUUUCCCCAUUGUUUACGAUGCAGCGAGAGAGAUUCGGACCGAGAAAGCGACGAUUACCCCAUUAAUUUGAGCGAGGAUGAAAGAUUCGUGGAUGAGGAAAGUGAGAGUGAAGGACUACAGUGCAGUGCAGGACGUAUCUUUUUUCGCUCUGACCGUAACUUAGGUACAAGGGUUCAUUGGAUUCCACACUUUCUCCUUUUUCUAUUGUGGAUCACGGAUUUGUAUUUUAAACCACCUCCGAUACUAUAUCCUCUUGAAAAUGAGAGCCGAGAACGCGAAAUGGACAUUCACAGUGACUUUUAUCUCCACGACAAUACAUCAGCGAAGCUCUUUAGCUACUGAGCUAACGUGAUACCAUCGGGCUCAAAUGCAGAUAGAAACAAAAUAAAUAAAUCCCUGACUGGAAGGAUAGACAGAAGAUCAACAAUACUAUUAAACCAUGGACAUGUAACUACACGGUUAAUAAUUCCCAGCUUGGCGAAGCUUAGCAAUGCUGUUGCUAACGACGCCAUUGAAGCUAACUUAGCAACGGGACCUCACAGCCCUCAUCUGCUCAUCAACACCCAUGCUCACCUGCGUUCCAGCGAUCGACGGAAGGACGAAGGACUUCACCCGAUCAUCUGUGCGGUCGGCGGCUAGCGUCGGCUAGCGUCGGCUAGCGCGUCUGAUAUCCAAGUCAAAGUCCUCCUGGUUGUGUUGCUACAGCCAGCCGCUAAUACACCGAUUCCACCUACAACUUUCUUCUUUGCAGUCUUCAUUGUUCAUUAAACAAAUUGCAAAAGAUUCACCAACACAGAUGUCCAGAAUACUGUGGAAUUUUGAGAUGAAAACAGAGCUUUUUUGUAUUGGAUUCAAUGGGGUACCAAUACUUCCGUUUCAACGAUUGACGUCACGCGCAUACGUCAUCAUAUAUAGACGUUUUCAACCGGAAGUUUAGUGGGUCAUUUAAAAUUCCAGUUUAUAAGUUAACCCGGCCGUAUUGGCAUGUGUUGCAAUGUUAAGAUUUCAUCAUAGAUAUAUAAACUAUCAGACUGCGUGGUCGGUAGUAGUGGGUUUCAGUAGGCCUUUAAACAUCACAUGCAGGUAAUGUAAAGAUGUUAUGUUUGAGAAAUGAAUAUUAUAUUUUUUAACAACCAGACCUGAACAUAGGCUAAACAACGUUUUUAGAUUUUAUUGUACAUUGUUUCCUAGUGUACUAAUGAGUCUGCGCAUUCAGGUAUUAAGUCACCUGAUUUGACCUACCUGUUUAGUUAUACUUUUUGUACCCUUUAAAAUGUUUUAUGUUACUGUUUCAAGUAAAACCAGUAGUAAAACGUGUGGUAUUGUUUUGUUCUUUUGCCACAUACUGUAAUAUUUGGUAAGUAUUCUGGGUGACAUGACUUUAUUGAAUAUAAUAAAGGAUAAAGGGUGACAUAGGAAAUAUUUCAUUGUAUACAUGUCCAAAAAAAAAAGGUUGAUUCGAAGUUAAAUUACCGGUAAAUAAAU